UAGUGAUGUUGACAUUGCUUAUGGGGAUGGUGGGAGGAAAUACCCAAUAUUCAGGGGCGAAGACAUGUGCAAGGAAUUCAAAUUCAAACUUGGGAUGGAGUUUUCUUCCUUGAAACAAUUCAAGCAAGCUUUGAUAGAGCAUUCUGUGUUGAAUGGCAGAGAAAGUUAAAUUUGUGAAGAAUGAUGAUGUCCGAGUGAGGGCUAUUUGCAAAAGGAAGUGUGGAUUUUUGAUUUUAUGCAGCAAAGUUGGAGGAAGUCAAACUUUUAGGGUGAAGACCUUGAUUGAUGGUCAUAAUUGUGGCAGAGUUUUUGUUAACAAGAAUGCAAACAAGGAAUGGGUUUCCAAAAUUGUAGUUGAUAAGUUUAGAAAUGUUGGGAGAAUGACAGCCAAUGAAAUAAUUGAUGAUGUCCGAAGGUCGUACAGUGUUGCAAUAACCCCCUGGAGGGCUUGUAGAGCAAAAGAGAUUGCAAUGGACAUUCUUGAAGGAGAUGGGCAAAAGCAAUACAAUAUGCUAUAUGAUUAUGCUGCAGAGCUAAGGAGAGUGUCUAUUGAAACAACAGUUAAGAUAAAAAUUAAUCAACCUCAGCCCACAUUGCAGCCACGGUUUGGUUCUUUCUAUUUGUGUCUAGAUGGGUGCAAGAAAGGGUUCGUGAAUGGCUGUAGACCAUUCAUAGGUGUUGAUGGAUGUCAUUUGAAGACUACCUAUGGAGGCCAACUUUUAGUUGCUGUGGCAAGGGAUCUAAAUGACCAGUACUUUCCACUGGCAUUUGCUGUUGUAGAGAAUGAGUGCAAGGAGACUUGGAGGUGGUUCCUAACAUUAUUGUUAGAGGACAUUGGAGACGUUCAAAGUAAUCGAUGGGUAUUUAUUUCGGACCAGCAGGAGGGACUGAUGCAAGUAUUUGAUGAACUAUUGCAUGGAGUGGAGCAUCGAUUUUGUCUAAGGCAUCUGUACAGCAACUACAAGAAGAGAUUUGGUGGUGGUAUAGUGAUUAGGAAUCUCAUGAUGGCUGCUGCUAAAGCCACAUACUACCAAGGCUGGGAAGCAAGUAUGGAAGAGCUCAAGAAGGUCAAUCAAGAAGCUGCUGAAUGGUUAUAUGCAAUUCCACGUAAGUCUUGGUGUAAACAUGCAUUUAGUGCAUAUUCUAGGUGUGAUGUCCUCAUGAACAACUUAUCAGAGUCAUUUAAUAGCACUAUAUUGUUAGCUAGGGAUAAACCAAUUAUAACAAUGAUGGAGUGGAUUAGGACAUACUUGAUGAGUAGGUUUGCACAUUUGCGGGAAAAAUUAACUGCAUUUACUGGUGUUGUAAUGCCUAAACCUAACAAAAGGCUAGAUAGGGAAAUAGAGAAAAGUGGAAACUGGUUUGCUGUUUGGACUGGAGAUGGUAAGUUUGAAGUUACACAAGGAUUCACCAUGGAUAAAUUCAUAGUUGACCUCACAAACCACAGCUGCACAUGUUAUUUUUGGGACUUAGUUGGCAUACCAUGUAGACAUGUCGUGGCUGCAAUCAAUUACAGGGUAGAACAGCCCUCUGAUUAUGUGCAUGCUUAUUACAAAAGGGAGGCUUAUGAAGCUUGUUAUGGGUCACCAAUUUCACCCAUUAAUGGCCAACAACUGUGGCCUAAAAGUAAUGGACCACAAAUCCUACCCCCAAUAUUUAAGACUCCUCCUGGGAGGGCACGAAAAUUAAGAAGAAGAGAACCUGAUGAAGAUGUCAGCCACUCUAGGUUGGGGAAGAAGCAUCUUAGAAUGAAGUGCAGUAACUGUGGCCAGUUUGAUCACAACAUCAGAAGCUGCAAGCAGGGAAAAACUAACAAGGGAAAACAGAAAAGGAAGAAGUCUGCAAAAACUGCAGCUGCUACUGGCAAGGCAUCCGGGAGGAACACCACUUUAAGAUCUGCUAUCACCACAAGCAGGAAAUUUAAUAGGAAGGGAGGAAGGUCAUGGAAGCUCCCAAGCGGCGCACCAACUUUAGGUUCACAAGCAAGUUCAAGCAACCCACCUAGCGGACAACCCAUGUGAACAAUAUUGGGAGUUGUGUUUUGUAGUGAUGGUCACAUGGAUAUUUUGAAGUAAAUGUAUUUUUUGUUAGCUGUGAUGCAGAGUUCCAGCUGUUGUUGUUUUAGCUUUAGCAGACAUCUAGGACCACUUGGAUUAUUGUUUUCAAUAGUAUAUGUCAUGCACUGUUAACAUUUAUUUUUUGCUUCGUCCUUUAUCAA